ACAAAAGUGGUUUGACCAGGUGGGUUUGUUGCCUUGAAGCUUCUUCCUCAACGCAACCAACUCAGACUACACAAGAAGAAGAAGAAGAAGAAGCUCUUUUUCAAUACCCACCAAAACCAACUUCACCCACCCAUCUCUCUCUCUCCUCGAUCUGCUCAAUAAUAUGAUCCACGAGCAGAAUCCUGAAAAACCCAUUUGCCCAUUUCCACUCUUGAUUUGAAAAAACCCGCUGUUUGUUUUUUUGUUUUUUGUUUUUUUUUCCUUUGUGGAUUUACAGUUAAAGAAAAUGGGUGUUCUCAAGUUGGUUCUUUUGGGGCUUCUUUGUUCUUCCUUGGUCUCGGAGAUUGCCGCUUGGGGCCGCCGAAGAACACAACCCACGGAGAGAAUUUCAGGUAGUGCUGGUGAUGUCUUGGAGGAUGAUCCAGUUGGAAGAUUGAAAGUUUUCGUGUAUGAACUUCCGAGCAAAUACAACAAGAAGAUUUUGCAGAAGGACCCCAGAUGCCUCACCCACAUGUUUGCGGCCGAAAUUUUCAUGCAUCGGUUUCUCUUAUCCAGUCCUGUUCGAACCCUUAAUCCGGAAGAAGCUGAUUGGUUUUACACCCCGGUAUACACCACUUGUGACCUCACACCAAAUGGUCUCCCAUUGCCAUUCAAGUCGCCGCGAAUGAUGAGAAGUGCAAUUCAACUUAUUUCAUCAAACUGGCCUUAUUGGAAUCGGACUGAAGGGGCUGAUCACUUUUUUGUGGUUCCUCAUGACUUUGGAGCAUGCUUCCAUUAUCAAGAGGAGAAGGCAAUCGAAAGAGGAAUUCUUUCCUUACUUCAACGUGCUACCUUGGUUCAAACUUUUGGGCAACGGAAUCAUGUUUGCUUGAAAGAGGGCUCGAUUACUAUUCCCCCUUAUGCACCUCCGCAGAAAAUGCAAACGCAUUUGAUUCCUGAGAAAACUCCUAGGUCCAUUUUUGUCUACUUCCGGGGCUUGUUUUAUGAUGUUGGAAAUGACCCAGAAGGUGGUUACUAUGCCAGAGGUGCACGGGCAGCAGUAUGGGAGAACUUCAAGGAUAAUCCUUUAUUCGACAUUUCCACAGAGCACCCAACCACUUACUAUGAGGACAUGCAACGGGCAGUCUUUUGUUUGUGCCCGCUUGGCUGGGCUCCGUGGAGCCCGAGAUUAGUCGAAGCUGUGAUUUUCGGUUGCAUUCCCGUUAUCAUAGCAGAUGACAUUGUUCUACCCUUUGCCGAUGCAAUUCCCUGGGAGGAAAUUGGGGUGUUUGUGGAUGAAAAGGAUGUGCCCAACUUGGAUACCAUACUCACUUCAAUCCCACUGGAUCUUAUAUUAAGGAAACAGAGAUUGCUCGCUAACCCUUCAAUGAAGCAAGCAAUGUUAUUCCCUUACCCUGCUCAGCCACGCGACGCGUUCCAUCAAGUUCUGAAUGGACUUGCGAGAAAGUUGCCACAUGACUCGAGCGUUUUCUUGAAGCCGGGGGAGAAAAUCCUGAACUGGACUGCAGGGCCUGUGGGUGACUUGAAACCUUGGUAGAAGCCAUUGCCUUUUAUGUUCUUGGGAUUGUAGGAACUCCCACAUUCUUUGCCUUAGUUCCAGGAUUGCAAAGCUUAGAAGAGUUUGUUGUAAUAUAAUUUCUAUUAGUCAUUGAAGUGUAAAUUUUGAUCCUUCCAAAAUCAACAGAUUUGAUAUGUACUCCCUUUUGCAGCCUCAUGUGUCUCCUUUAUUCAUGUAUUUUUAUUGUAGUUUUGCCUGUGUCGGUUGAUAGUUUUAUCUGAAGGGUCGGUGUAAAAUCUCUUGGUGGAAGCAUUUCUUGUUUCCUAUUUCCAGAGAUUAAUGUGAUUAUGUAAUCCGACGCUAAGUUUAGAAUCGAUCUAUUUUUUUUUUC